AUGCAGUUGCUGGCACAGGUGCCCGGCGUGCAGUUCCCCGCAGACUUUUGCAUGCACAUGGCCGACGUGAAGCCCGUGGGCUACCACGACCAGCCCAUCUGUGAGGCUUCAGAUGCUGGCGGCAACGCAGCUUACCUCGUGGACGGUAAAGCCGGCAACACCAACUUCCCUCAUGGCAACAUCAAGGUGCUAGCCACGGCAGGCGAGGUCGACCGCAUGACGGGGUCAAUGCUCACAGGCGUGCCAGAUGGUCUGGGCGCCUACCUGAAGGAUGCCAAGACGGUGAGGCUGAUCUACCAGAGCGAGGCCUAUGGCCAGCUGGUGCCCUACAACCCGGAGUCCUUCCCAUGGAUGGUGAACAAUAACACUGCCAGCUUCACAGGGUCCCACAUUCACUACAUCGACUACGACCGCAGCAUGCUCGCCACCUUCAUGGACGAUGGGGCACCUUCAAUGGCCCAGGGAAUGGUGAAAGGAGCUGGCAAUGCGGUGACCAGGUCCUACAAUCUAAAGAGGGAGCCUGUUGGUCCACGGAACCGAGCUGGCGAUGGCUUGCAGGCCACUACCUCCAACGUGCAUGAGAGCAACGUGGAUGUAAAUGGUGGCUACAUCGUUGGGAAUCCGGCCAAGGCACCGACUAAGGCUGAUUGGCUCAUGCAGUCCCUUUGUUCUGCACACCUGGAGGUGAAGCACCAGUGGGGAGAUGGCAAAGGCGUUGAGGACGACCUCUUCAUCACGAACGAGGAGUGGAUCGUUUAUCCUAGAUUCUCCAUGCCUAUUGGCCUGCCUGUGCACGUCCUGGACCUGGCCACGGGCAACCUGUGGGCGACGGACUAUGUGGCCUGGGUGCCAUCUGGCUACAAUGGCGCCUUUGGUCUUGAUAACAGUGCCGCAGUGCUAGCUGCCAGGAAUUCCUUGUACACAAGGACGGAUGGAAAUCCGUAUGUGUGGCCGCGGGAUGUUGUCCCCACGAAGCUGUACAUUGGCAAAAAGAACACAGACAAGGAUGGCAACGCAGACACCACAGACUUCCUGGCGAGAAACGGGUUUGAGUAUGGAGCACUCUAUGGUUUUGCGGUCAACUGUAACAUGGUUACAACCCGGGAUGAGUGGCACAAAACCGCGUCUCCUGGCAAUACUGUGAGCGGUGCCUUCUACAAGCUGCGCUGGCAGGCUGUCCGAGGGAUGGUGCAAGGCUUCGAGCACGAUGGAAGCUGGGAAUUCCAAGACGCCCCUCAGGGUGCCCCGGCUGGCUGGUGCUUCUGGAAUUCCGCUGGCAAUGAUGCGUCCGGUGCUAAGACAGAGCAUGUGUCGCCCGACCCUAGGGGUGGUCACCGCGUCCUGCAGGGUUCCACUGCUGGUUAUUUUGGCAUAUAUGAAUUCUCGGAGCUCCCAUCCCUGCUGCAGUCCAGUGGCAGCACCAUGCCCAACUUCAUCCCGGCGACCUACACAGUGUACCAGCCUGAGUCCGACGUCGCCGACCUCAUCGAGCUGGGCGGCGCCGGGGUUCGCGCGGACGGCAACGACCAGACCAAGAUGCGCGACAGCAGCAGGGACAAGUCGACUUUUGAGGAUGUGGAUGGCAUGGAGUGGAUUGCCGCGGCCAACGGGGAGGACUACUUUGUAAUCCACGAGGAUGGUGGCAACUGGUACGGUGAGCGCAAGUUCCUGGCCAAGGUGGGCAUUCCCAUGAAGUAUUACUUUGUGGCGCAGAGUGGCGGCCGCCAGAACUCCCGUGAGCUUGCUGGCGUGAGCUCGGUAGCGGGUGUGCACGGUGGCGCGGGCUCCCAUGAGUUCUCGGGUGCCUUUGACCUGUCUGGCUUGCUUCGUAAGGAUGCUUCCGGCAACUUUGAGUUGCAAGUUGGGGACGUCAACGGUAAGAAGCGCCAGCUGGAGGCCGCCACGCCCAUUAAUGAGAAGACCAUCGCGGUGAACCUGCAGGCCCACACCAACAGGGCAGGCUUCGCCGACGUCUUCAAAUCCGAUCGUGUUGCGCAGGUCCUGGCGUACAAGCCCAACGUUCCGGCCUGA